CAGAAACAAGUCAAACAACAAUAAAUGAUCAAUAAGGGAAGUUUCCAGCAACGUGUAUCCUCCUCUUUCCCCUGUUGGUCGCAAAAACAGAGAUAUAUGCACCUUGCUUGAUAUUGUUGAAGUCUCAUCACUCUGAACUCUGAAGCAAUAUGAGUCAAGUUUAUCAUGUCAUGCACGAGUCUCAUAAUUCCUCUCCAGAUUCAGGGUAUCCUGGACCGUAUCCUCCACCACCCCAAUUACAAGUCCCAGGCCCAGCACCACCGGGUUAUGGCGGUUACCCACAUGGACAUGGUGGUUAUCAAGGUUACUUCCAUGGAAGAUUCUCUCCACCAUCUGCAGCUCCACCUCCUCUUAAGCCUUACAAUUACAACAACUAUGGUAGUAUUGGUUGCUCAUCUCUCAUUAGAGGCUGUUUGGCUGCCCUCUGUUGCUGCUGCGUUUUGGACGAAUGUUGCUUCUAGAGAUAGCUGGAUGUGUGGUUUGCAUCUUGCGGUGAAUAUUCAGUUUCCUCAGAAAUGAAAAAAGAAAUCAGAAGAACGUUAAACUAAUCAUAUUGAGUGUGUUAAGAAGUAAUUUAAAAAGAGUGUAUCUAUAGCAAUUCUCUUAAUAAUUGUAAUGGUCAAUAUUGCCUUUUAACACUAUAUAUGUUCUUCUUCCCUUUGUAAUAUUUAUAAACUAUAUAUAUAUAUCAAUGUUAAUUUAGAAGGAAA